UGUAGGGUCAACCAUGCCUCGGAUCAAGACUGUGCAUUCGAAGGUUACGAAGGCUCCACGUCGUCCUUUUGAGAAGGAGCGUCUUGACCAGGAGCUAAAACUCAUUGGAGAGUUCGGUUUGAAGAACAAACGUGAAGUUUGGCGCGUAAAGUACACACUGGCAAAGGUGCGCAAGGCUGCUCGAGAGUUGCUCACAUUGGAAGAAAAGGAUCCCAAACGACUUUUCGAAGGAAAUGCUCUUCUUCGCCGUCUUGUACGUAUUGGAGUGCUUCCUGAGGAUCGAAUGAAGCUCGAUUACAUUCUCGGUCUUCGCGUGGAAGAUUUCCUCGAGAGACGUUUGCAGACGCAGGUUUUCAAGUUGGGAUUGGCAAAAUCCAUUCAUCACGCCCGUGUCCUAAUCAGACAUAGCCACAUUCGUGUUCGCCGCCAAGUAGUAGACGUACCAUCCUUCAUCGUCCGUCUUGACUCGCAGAAACACAUCGACUUCUCACUCAAAUCACCCUUCGGAGGCGGCCGCCCAGGACGUGUAAAGAGACGCAACAUGAAGAAAGCUGAAGGAGGUGAAGCGUCAGGAGAUGACGAGUAA